AUGGCGCCCGCCCCCUUGCCUGCGUCGGCGCGCGGGCUGUUCCGCAUGCCCCCGCCGCGGCUGGCGAACCGCUACUUUCUGGUGUAUGCGUCAGAUAACAUUUCUCCUGACAUGAAGCCGCCUCCUAUCAGUGAUGGUACUCCAAAUGAGAGCGUAGCAGACGUAUUUGUUCGGGUGACGCAGCUCAUGUCAAUGCUGGAGACUCAGUACUCAGGGGAAACUGUUGUCAUUGAGCGCCUCGUUAUUAACUUUGUUGGUUUGGUUCAAAUUUGA